AUGGCGCUGUGCGGCCGCUCCGCUCUCCUCCCGCCGCCCCCGCGACACCGGCCCCGGCCCCGAGCCCCGGGGCCCUUCGUCAGCUACAGACACACAGCAAUUCUCCUGUGGUUUUGCUUUGCAGGGAUAGACAGUCGAUACAAUGAAGGGUGCAGAGAACUGGCAAAUUAUCUGCUCUUUGGUUUGUACAACCAGAACAACAAUGACUUUGAAAGGACAGGUUUUCCUGAGGAAGUUCUGGAUGAUAUAAUCAUAUUAAUAAAACCUGACAGUGUUCAUCUGUACUGCAACCCUGUGAAUUACAAUCAGCUUUUACCCUAUGUGGCACACUGGAGGAACUUGCAUUUCCACUGUCUGACUGAAAAUGAGUAUGAAGAUGAAGAAGCUGCAGAGGAAUUCAAGAUUUCCAGCUUUGUGGACAUGGUCAGGGAUUGCAGCCGCAUUGGGAUCCCCUACAGCUGCCAAGGCCACCUGCAGAUAUUUGACAUGUUCAUUGUGGAGAAGUGGCCGAUCGUGCAGGCCUUUGCGCUCGAGGGCAUCGGGGGCGACGGCUUCUUCACCAUGAAAUACGAGUUAAUGGAUGUCAGUGCUGAUUUAUGGAAAACCUACAGCAAAAUGGAUCCUGUGUCCCUGGAGGAUUUGCUUUUUGAGGAUCUAAAGAUUUUUGAACACCAGUGGACCAACUUUUUUGCUAAUUUUGACACUGAAAUUCCCUUCAUUCUGGAACUCUCAGAAUCUCAGGCUGGGGAGCCCUUCAGAAGUUAUUUCAGCCAUGGCAUGAUCUCAAGCCAUAUAACAGAUAACAGCCCGAGCAGGCAGCCCUUUGUGCUGUUUGGCAGCCACUCCACAAAGGAGAACUUGAACACUGGCAACUUUAAUUUUCCAUCUGAAGGGCAUCUGGUCCGAAACACUGGCCCUGGUGGAAGCACUGCCAAGCACAUGGAAAUGACAAUGAGAUACACAAGCAAGCUGAGCAAGUUACGCUGUUGUCGCAAAUAUAUUCUGCUGUUGUAGAGGCUGUGCUUGCUGGCAUUGAGUGCUAUGCUAAAACUUCCACUGAAUCCAAGGCAAAGGAGGUGGCAGAGCAGGUGCUGCUGUCUGGGUUGGACACCCUUGGCUUAGCACAGCUGAAAUCUGCUUUACGCUCCAAAAUUGCUUUUCAAAUCCAGGCUGUGAACAACCAUGGCAGAAUUACUCCAUUAGAUAAUGAGGACAGCCUGAGUUUGAUCAAAACGGCAUCCAUGAUGGUGUUUGACAUUCCAGACCUGCUGACAGGAAGGGGAUGCUUGGGAUCUGUUGUGUUUUCAGAGUCCUUCCUGACAUCACAAAUACAGGUCAAAGAAAAAGAUGGCAGCAUCCAUCCAGACUCCAGGCACGUUAUCCUGACUGCAGCUAUCCCAAGAUUUGCUUCUUGGCUGGUUGAAGACAGUGAUGUGAAGCUGUCUGAAAAGGCACAGCAAGUAUUAAAGGAGGACAAAUCUUUCCUGGGCACUUUACUCACUGGGGGUGAUGGAGUUUAUAUCUGUUCCAGCAAUCCACAGGCCAUGCCUGCAGAAGGCAAAGUGUAUUUCUUUUCUGAUGGAAUUCUGUUCUGUGAUCCCCACCAUGGCAGCAUUUCCAUUCCCAAGAGCCACAUGAGUUCCAUUUCUCUCUAUGAUGGGGAUUCCAACAGCGUUGUUGCUGCUCUCUUUAUAGACUUCAAAAGUUCCCUGCUUCCUCAUCUCCCCAUUGAAUUCCACACCCAGAACAACUUUCUGGUGAUUGCACUUUUCCCCAAAAGAAAGAUUUAUAAAGCUUUUUAUUCCCAGGUUUUCUCUUCAUGGCAUAACCAGACAAACUCAGGAUUAUCUUUAAGGGUUGUCCCAGAAGAAUUGCUGUCUGAGGAACAAAAGAGGCUGCAUUCCAGUGUUCAGAAGCUCUUCAAUGCCUCUUUUGCUUCAGGGGAAAGAUGCAGGGAGCUGAAACUGUCUGCUGCCAUUCCAGGAUUGGAGAGGUUUGUGCAGCACUUCACAGUCAGCAGUGUCAGCACCAAGCCAGUGAUGAGGGCACAUCUUCCUGUCCUCCUCCAAGAGUCAGAAACCAUUUCUGACUGCAAAGCAGAAGGUGAUAAGGUGAUCAUCACCAUCCUCACUGGGCUGCCCGGGUGCCGUUCCAGCGACCUCUGUUCCUUCCUUGUCACUUUUACCAAGGAGCAUGGGAGGUGGAUUGUGUAUCGGCAGACCAUGGACAGCCCGCAGUGUUUCAGUGCCUCCCACUUCCAGCGCUUCCUGGCUGGGCUCCUGGAGGCCCAGCAGAACCUUGGGGUCCAUCAGCCCACCCUCAAGAGCACUGGGAAGAACAACAGGCUCCUGGUGGUGCUGCAAGGGUACACUGAUGUUAUUGAUGUUGUGCAAGCUCUGCAGACUCACCCUGACCCAGAUGUGAAAUCUUCUUUCAUCAUUGGAACAAUCAACACCUGUGUGGAGCCUCUGAGCUGCUACAUGGAACACAGGCUUCUUUUUCCCAAGUUCUUGGACCAAUGUUCCCAAGGACUGGUGAGUAAUGUGGUUUUCACAAGUCAUGCCACAGAGCAGAGGCACCCACUGCUGGUGCAGCUGCAGAGCCUGAUCAGAGCAGCAAAUCCUGGAGUUUCCUUCAUCCUGGCAGAAAAUGGGAUUGUAACAAGGAACGAGGAUAUUGAACUAAUUCUCUCAGAAAGCAGUUUUUCAAGUCCUCAGAUGAUGAGAGCUCGAUAUUUAAUGUACCCUGGCUGGUACGAGGGCAGGUAUGGGGCUGGGCCCGUGUUCCCUCCCAUGGUUCAGAUCUGUGUGUGGUUCAGCCGCCCUCUGGAGAAAACAAGAUUUGUCACCAAAUGCAAAGCAAUUAAGUCGUUGCUCAAGCCAAGUCCUUUUUCUGGAAACAUUUAUCACAUCAUGGGCAAAGUGAAGUUUUCAGAUGCUGAUAAAGUCAUUGAAGUGUGUCACAACACAGCAGCAAAUUCCCUGAGCCUGGUGCCUGUUCCAGAGGGGCCAACUCCUCCUGAUCCCAGAAAUGAUCCCAGAGACUGCAGCAGUCAACAGGAAUAUUUCCUUGUGUUCAUUGGCUGCUCCCUGAAGGAAGAGGAUAUCAAAGAUUGGCUCAGAGAAACUGCAAAACAGAAACCUCAGAGGAAAGCCCUGAAAACCAGAGGAAUGUUAACCCUGCAGGAAAUCAAAAACAUCCACGUGAAACGCCACUUGGAUCCACUCCCAGCUGGUUAUUUUUACAAUGGGACUCAAUUUGUGAAUUUUUUUGGUGACAAAAUGGAUUAUCAUCCAUUAAUGGACCAGUUCAUGAAUGAUUACUUGGAAGAAGCCAACAGGGAAAUUGAGAAGUACAACAGGGAGCUGGAGGAGCAGGAGUACCACGACCUCUUUGAGCAGAAGAUUUAAGCACGUGGAUCCUGAGUGUUCCUGUCCUUGUGUCAGGAACCAAAAAUGCUCUUUUGUCCUUCUGGCUCACAAGAAAUCAAGUGAAAUGUUUGUUUUCAGCACUCCUUCCCAAACCAAGGGAUUGUUCCCCUAAGGUUGGCAUUUAACAUGGUAACUGCUUAGCUGUUUGUACUGUCAGGAUUGCUUCCACUUCACCUUAAUUCCAGACUGUCCAAAGCAUCACCUGGAAUCUCUGGCUUGUGGUGGAAACGUGGGAAAAAGAA